AUGCAGGCCCUCGCCUGCUUCCAGCCCCCAGCACUAAGCCAUGGGGCCCUGCGGGGUUUUGGGGGAAGGGAUGAAUGCUUUUGCUUUUGCAUCUUGAAACCCUUCAGAGCGUGGAAGAGAAAACUCCUCUCUUUCCCAUCCGCAGGUGAUGUUGUGGAUAUCUACCAACGGGAGUUUCUGGCUCUCCGAGACCGACUGCACGCAGCCGAGCAGGAGAGCCUGAAGCGCUCCAAGGAGCUGAACCUGGUCCUGGAGGAGAUCAAGCGAGCCAUCUCGGAGAAGCAGGCCCUGCGGGAUAUCAACCGGACCUGGAGCAGCUUAUCUGACGAAACCAAGUUAAAACUGUGGAAUAUCACCAACAAGAAUGUGCUGCACCUUCCCACCAUCUUCCAUCAUUUGCCACAUUUGCUGUCAAAGGAGAACAGUCUGCAGCCAGCCGUGCAUGUGGGACAGGGGCGCACUGGAGUGUCCGUCGUGAUGGGAAUCCCCAGCGUGAAGCGGGAGGUGCAUUCCUACCUGACAGACACCCUCAGCUCCCUCAUCUCCGAGCUCACGCAGCAGGAGAAGGAGGACUCGGUCAUCGUCGUCCUCAUCGCAGAGACAGAUGCGCAGUACACAGCUGGAGUGGCAGAAAAUAUCAAAAACUUAUUCCCAAAGGAAAUACACUCAGGUCUCCUGGAGGUAAUUUCCCCCUCUCCACAUUUCUAUCCUGAUUUCUCACACCUGCGAGAAUCCUUUGGGGACCCCAAGGAAAGAGUCAGGUGGAGGACCAAGCAGAACCUCGACUACUGCUUUUUAAUGAUGUACGCCCAGUCCAAAGGCAUAUAUUACGUGCAGCUGGAGGACGAUAUCGUGGCCAAACCAAACUAUCUCAGCACGAUGAAGAACUUUGCCUUGCAGCAGCCCUCCGAGGAGUGGAUGAUCCUGGAGUUCUCUCAGCUGGGGUUUAUCGGAAAAAUGUUCAAGUCUCUGGAUCUGAGCUUGAUCGUGGAGUUCAUACUGAUGUUCUAUAAGGACAAACCCAUCGACUGGCUGCUGGAUCACAUCCUUUGGGUGAAAGUCUGCAACCCCGAGAAGGACGCAAAACACUGCGACAGGCAGAAGGCAAACCUGAGGAUCCGCUUCAAGCCCUCGCUCUUCCAGCACGUGGGAACCCACUCCUCCUUGGCUGGGAAGAUCCAGAAGCUGAAGGACAAAGACUUUGGCAAGCAAGCCCUGCGGAAAGAGCACGUCAACCCUCCUGCAGAGGUGAGCACCAGCCUGAAAACCUACCAGCACUUCACCUUGGAGAAGGCUUACCUGCAGGAGGACUUCUUCUGGGCCUUCACACCCACCGCUGGAGACUUCAUCCGAUUCAGAUUCUUCAAACCACUCCGCAUCGAAAGGUUCUUCUUCCGCAGUGGGAACAUCGAGCACCCAGAAGACAAACUCUUCAAUACGACUGUGGAGGUUUUGCCGUUUGACAGCCUGCAGUCGGACAAGGAAACCUUGCAGGAGGGAAGAGGUACAGCUGUCAAAUACCGCAGGACGUCAGAUGGCUACAUCCAGAUAGGCUCCUUCUCCAAGGGCGUUGCGGAAGGUGAAGUGGACCCGUCCUUCGGGCCGCUGGAAGCAAUCCGGCUGUCCAUCCAGACUGACUCCCCGGUGUGGAUCAUCUUGAGCGAGAUUUUUAUCAAAAAAGCAGAGUGAAGUGGGCAUGACGAAGGAUGGACAUGUGUAGAGCCCGAGUCCUUCUCCCUCCCUUCCCUCUCCCUCCUCCCCGAGUCGGCCGUGGGUGUGCAGCGCCUCGCCGCCUGCUCCUGCCGAGACGUGGGGACCGCGAUGCCAGCGAGACGUGUGCCUGGCUGCCAGGAGGAGCCGCACUCUGACAUGCGGGUGCUGGAUGGCCCUCGACACCCUGGCUUCAAGACCAGCACCAGUGCAUGGUGCUGCAGGGCCAGGACAGACCUUCCUCUGGAAGAAGAGCAAAAGCGAAAACCAAGCUCUGCUGCGAAAGAAGGGUUGGCUUUGCUCUCCUGGGCAAGCCCCAGGUGCUCACUGCUCCUCCUGUGGGUGCAUCGCCGAUGUGCGCGGUGCCGCAGUCCCACCAACACGCGGGGCCAUUUGGUGUCAGGAUGAGUUUUAGCAGGCACAGAGACUAAAAGCACCUUCAGCUCAGGAAAGGGGCUGCUGGUGGCUGUAUCUGGGGAGGAAGGGGGCCUGGAACAGUUUAGUCCUGCCCCUGCUUUGCAGGCUGAUGCACAGGGUGCAGGAUCACCAGGAUGGAAACAGCCAGGGACUGACAUCUGCAUCACCUUGGUACAGGCACUGGUCCUGGCCACAGCUGAGGAUUACACGAGGGUGAGGGCUGACCCUCCUGUGGUGGGGGAACGAAUCUGAAAGGGGGUUGGAGCUAUGAGUAUGGCAGGGAAAAAAAAAAUAUAUACGCCACACUGUGCCUGCCAGCAUUGAACACAGCCCCUUAACUCAUGGUGAAGUCUCCAGUGUCUUCAUGCCUUGAGAUUGAGUGCAGAAAACAGCUUUUUAAAUAACUAUUUCAGUUAUUGAUUGGUGUGAAUUUUUGAGAAGAAAAAAAAAAAAAAAAGAAGCAGAAGUAGCCCAGUUCAAAAAUAGUAGGGAUUAGUGUAAAUCCCAAUGUCUCUUCAGCUAUACACUGGAAUGCAUUAUACUACUUUAAUGUGCUGUAUUUUUUAUUAUUGGAUACAUUUGAUUUUUCAAGUACAUCUCUCUAUAUAAAUAUAUAAAAUAAUGUGCACUGUAAUAAAAGCAAAAUUUAAA